CGCCAGCGGUUGCGCCGGCGCGCCGCCUAGGCUCCUCCACCCCCGUCAAAGAGGUGGUGCGGGCCGAGAUGGCGGCGCCCGUCCUGAGGCGAGGGUUGCAGGCUGCGCUUCGGAGCUGGGCUGCGGCAGGUAGAAGAUGUAUUCUUUCAGCAGCAUAUGUGGACAGUUCAACAUGGGAACAAAGAGAAAAAGAUCAGCAGAGCCUGGUUGAUCUAGCCACUCUGAUGGACAGAACCUAUGAAAGAAAGCUUCCUGUCAGCUCCUUAACUGUAUCCCGGUUUAUAGACAACAUUACUUCACGUGAACAAGUGGAUCAAGCUGAGUAUUAUCUUUACAAGUUUCGUCACAGCCCAAAUUGCUUUUACUUGAGAGACUGGAUCAUCCACAGCUGGAUCAGGCAAUGCCUGAAGUUUGGGGCACAGGAUAAAGCUUUGUACACUUUGCAAAAUAAGGUUCAGUAUGGAAUUAUCCCAGACUAUUUUACCUUCAAUAUAUUGUUGGAUUCUUUUAUAAAGGAUGAGAAUUAUGAAGAUGCGAUGGCUGUGGUCACUGAGAUAAUGAUACAGGAAAGUUUUGACGAAGUUUCUACACAACUUCUCUCACUCUACGUGAUGUACAAGUAUUUGACAACCAAAUCAGAACUUAUGUGGGAGGAAGAGAGGAAUCUCGGAGCGUCCCUCUUCUUGGCAGGCCUGAAGGAGACCAACACAGUGGGAUUCAGUUCCCAGCUGUAUGGCUUAGCACUUCUCGGAAAAGUGGAGCUGCACAAGGGGCUACGAGCUGUGUACCACAAAAUGCCGCUCAUGUGGACCCCCGGGUACCUGAACAGAGCCUUGCAAGUGAUGGAGAAAGUGACGUUGCUUCCUGAUGAUACAAAGCUCUGCAAGGAAGCUAUUGAUGUUCUGGCAGCCACUUUGCAGCCCAUCCCUGUGACAGAAGUUUCCCCGGAGGACACCAAGGACUCAGAAGAAACACCGAAGGAAGCGAAAUCGGAAGAAGCAGAGAUGUCACGACUGCCUGAGUACUUGAACCGAUUUGGGGAGCUGAAUUCUAAGCUGCAGUCGCUUGGCAAGGUGGAAUCUGCAAGCUUGUUGACACUGACCACCCAGCUUGUCGAGGAAAAGCAGCCAGCAUUUGAAGUGGAAGACAUUGCAAAACACAAGGAGAAGCUGAAGGAGUGGGAGCAGGAGCGGACGCUGCUGACUGAAAGGGAGAGAGAGUUGAGGGAAAAGGCCAGGCAGGAGCUGGAAGCCCAGAAUGCAGCAAAAGCAUCUCUUUAACGCAGAAAAUUGGCUUGUGAUGUGGCCUUGACUGUAUGCAGAUGAAACCUUUCCAGAUCCAUCUUGCAGCAAAAGUGCUUCUUCCCCACCCCCUUAAAAACCACUGUAAUUAUAAUUGUUUCUCUGAAGGUCUCAGUUUUGCUUAUUAUGUGUUAUGUCUACCUGUCGUCUAAUAAAGUGAUUCAUUUCUAAAACA